AUGCCGAUACGAAACAAGUCUAUCAUAACCGACAAUAUCCUAUACCUGCAAAUGUUUUCCCGCGCGGACCGCAAACGGGAAUACAAUCGGCGAGAAGUAAUCGCACUCAACAUUAGCAACGGAGGCACAUGUCAUCUCAGGUACCGUAAAACCACCAUCAAGUAUAUGGACAACAGUAUAGUCAACACCCGGUGUUUUCGAAACACCACACGGGAAGAGUGUGAGCUAGAGUGUAAACUUAGGCAGUUUUACCAUGAGCAUGGCUCCCUACCAGAUGAAUAUCAAAUAUUUCACGACUAUUAUCAUGGUGGUAAAUGGUUACGUUUUAACGGCUCGGUAGGCACUAUGUAUGUACAGGAAUGCGAGCACGAAUGUUGCGACCGUAUCGAAUGUAACCAAGAUUAUUACGCUGUUGAAUAUGAGCUAGUUAAUGAUGAUAAGCCAGGUCAAUUUGUUGUUGAUGUAAGAUUCCCGUCAGAGCCCACUACUGUCUACGAGAUAUCAUUGAAGUUCUCGUUUGUUGAAUACCUGUGCCUUUUGGCCAACACCUAUGCCGUUUUGAUCGUCGCCGCUUCAGCCGGCAUCCCAUUCAAGGAUUGCGGACACUCUGAGGUAACCAACGUUGCCAUCACUGGCUGCACAACCAGUCCCUGCACUCUCCACAAGGGAAAGGAGGUUACCAUCGAUAUUGAGUACACCGCCAAUGCCGACAGCGCUAAGGCUGAGUGGUCUCUGCACGCCAUUGUGGGU